UUCGGUCGCAGUUGCCGAGCGAUUCUGUUAUUAGGCUUCCCAGCAUCGGACAUUCGACCAAACCGCUCUUAGUUACUCGUUGAUGCAUCGUAUUAACUCUUCACCUCUAACAUUGAGCAGCUUAAUCGAAUACGGUAUAGUAAAGCAAAAGUCCCUGAAGAUCGACAUAGAUCUAGAAAAGCAAGAAGAAGCCACAAAAGAACUGGAGCGUGACAUUCAAAUGUUCCUAACCAAAUUGGAGCUAUUGAAUAAAAAGAUAAGUAAAGCACGUCUACAGCAUGACACUAAAGAAAAUGAAUGCCAAUUGGAGCAUACUGAGCUGGUUCUAAAACUGAAGUUGGGUCUACGUUACUGGAACGCGCUGGCCAUACCAUAUCCCAUCACUCGUGCAACAUUCCCCACAAUUUGA